AUGGCCAUCUCUCCCGCCCCCAACAACACACUCCAAGCGAGCCCUCCUCCGGGGAAUGUGGUCCAACAGCCGCCUCUCCCAUCUCUACAGGCGUGCUAUCUUGGUGCCGUCGACAGCUAUCGCCCCAGUUUGCCUGUGACCGAUUUGCUAGAUGUGGAUACCCGUCUCGAAGCCUCCCUUUCUAUCACCACUGGCCACAACAACACCGUCACACCCACCAGCGCCAUUCCAACAUCUGUCAUCCACUCUCCGAACCAAGCUUCUCCCAUGCUCUACAUUCCAGAUAGACUCUCCACGCCCUCUGCGUCCGCCAAGAAACCUUCGAUACACCGCCUUGGAGCUGCAAAACAGCCCGGCCACAGGCCAAUUCCCUACAACGUCAAUGAGAGCCCAAAGAAGAAGAAGAGUGUAGCCCUGCAAAAGUCUACGGUGGCUAUGGACACUGGUUCCAAGGAGGAUGAUGGAAUGGAAGUAGACCCUCCGUGUGCGAGUGAUGGUAUCGAAAUGUCGAACGGGGGCGGAGGAGGAGGUGGAGGAGGCGCCAACAAGACGCCGUUAAGGCACGCGAAAUCAAUGGUCAAUAUGCCUGUCCGCCCUCCUUCUACUCGUAAAUCACCUCCUGAUCCGAAUGGAGAUACUAGACCACCACCUCCCUUGACCUCCCACCAAUACGAUCCCUUUUUCGCUCAGAUAAACGAAUCAGACGUCGGCCGUUCGCCCACUCAGCUCCUCAUGGACUAUCAAACAGUGGAGUAUGUAAAUGAAACUGUGAUGAAGAUCCCGAACAUCAAGGUCGAAGCGGGGAAAGCUGCUAGCUCUUCGAACGGUGCCGACAAUGGUGGUGGCAUUACGGGUUUGAGGACUGCUGCUUCCGUGCCCGUGUUCCCUCGUCAGACCGACGAUACGCCAGGUCAACGACUCCCAGGUGACAAUACCUCUUCUGGUGUACUCGACCCGAAUGCCAUCCAUGCCCAGCACUCGUCUCUAUCCUCUUCACCACCGCCAGCUACACAGCUCAACGACAGCUCCUCAUAUCCUCCGGCGCUACUACCUCCUCUCAAAAUCUCGCCCUUCAUCCAAAAUGUGCUCCAUCACUUAUGCGGACUGCACUACAACGCCAUGAUGGCGGAAAGCCUCUCGACCCUCCACCAUCACACAGCUCAUGCUCGCUAUGAUGCCGUAAAGUUUGCCGGCGAAGAGACUCAAAUAAUUGAGAAACACAUCGACCAACGAUACCGUGAGGCCAGCGCGCAAGUUCUUUCCAAAGGGUGGUCGCUCAAGGUAGCGCAAAGCAUGGGUCAGAUGGCAGCUGAGAGAAUGGCAAAGUCUAUCGAAUGGGACGAGGAGCAGAAACAGAUGAAGACAAAGUGGGAAAGACUUCAAAAUGGGGAUCUUACCGACACCACCAACGCCCGAAUUCACCCUCGAAGUCUGCAUAAUCAGCUGCUAGGCUUUACCCUCACCACCCUCCUCGUCCCCCAAACCACUAUCGAUGUCAACGCUGGACGUUAUGCGCAUCGAGGCAUUGUUCGCUUCGUGGGCAACAGUUUCGGUCCUAUCAUCACCAACAUCCAACAAAUGCUCGAGAUCCAGACGCUUCAGGAUAUGUCGGCUUUGAGGCUGCUCGCCUAUGAAGUGGCGUGGCGUGUCCACCGUCACGAAUGGCUGACUAGUGUUACUACAGUGGCGGAAGGGAAGCAGGUGAAGCUCCCCGAAACGCUGUUUGAGGACGUUGGCAAGGGAUUGAUGUGCAAGAUCAUGGAGGCGUUCAAUGGUAGAAGAGACGGAGUGUACCAAGAUACCGAUGGGAAAGGGAAAGUCAAUGAAAACAAGCGGGGGCUUGAAGAGUGGGUGUUGAAGGCUGUGAAAGUUUGGAAAACGACGGGAGAGGCGAUGCUUGGCAGAUAUACUGCUGGCCAAAUUUGA